AUGCCACCCCACGCUCCCGCGAUCGCAGACGAGGUCUGGGCCCGACACAGGGAGGAGAUCAUCGCGUUCUAUCAAUCCAGCUCGCUACCAAAGACCAUGGCCUACAUGGUCGAGAAGCACAACUUCCGAGCUAGCAAAAACCAGUAUAUCAGAAUGCUGGAUUUAUGGGGCAUCAAGAAAAAUCACCCCGGGAAGGACUGGAUUGCCAUCGCGAAGGUGAAACGAAAGCGGAGUAAAAUAGGCAAGGAAUCUGAGGUUUCUAUUCAUGGCCGCAAGCGCACGCGGCAGCAGGUCGAAAAGGAGAUCGCUCGGCAUGUUCCUUUGCUCGAGCUGUGCUGCAGCCCGGGGGAUGUAGUUCUCCCAGACUAUAUUUCCGUCUCUACACCGCUUGCACAGCCUGUUGGUGUAUCUCGCGAAAGGCUUUUACUGAAUCUGCCUUGGUACCAGUACGGACGAGAGAUACAAGCAUUUGUUUCUGGUGAGAGACAGACGAGGAUUCGUGCAAGCGCCUCUCUUCAACCCAGCAAGGAUUUACCACAGCUAAGCGUGCGCCGCAGGUCUUGCUACCAGAAUGAAACCUGUUCUAGCGAGCUUUUCCUAUCGGCGGAACUUGAAUCAGGUCACUCUCCGACCCAAUUGCUAUCGCGAGAGAAAGACUCACCGUCGGUCUUCAAGGUCUUUCUACAGCGCUUUAUCUUUCUAGCAAUAAACAAUCUGAUCUGGGAAGGGGACUUUAAGAAAGUGUGCGACUGGAUCGUGGAGAAAUGUGGUGCUGACACGCUCCUCGUGCUGUGUCGGCUGGAUCUUCCGUCAAUGAAAGUCUUCGCGACAAGGUGCUUUGCAGUGUUAUCGAGUCUGGAAAUAUAG